UUUACUGUAUGUUUCAACUCGAACUGAUUUACAGGACGGACCUCGAAGCAAUAACGGUGGUGAUCAUUUCGGUGGCCUGAAAAAAAUCCGACCGGCAGCUUGUGAUAACAUCAACCUGUUGAACCAGAAAUGCCCAAAAAGAAAACAGGAGCCCGGAAAAAGGCCGAGAGCCGUAAGGAGCGAGAGAAACAGAGCCGGGCCAACAGGGAACAUGUUGAGGUGGCCAAACACCCCUGCAACAUCAACAUGGAAUGCGACAAAUGUCAGAGAAAACAGAAGAACAGAGCGUUCUGCUACUUCUGCAACUCGGUGCAGAAGCUGCCUGUCUGCGCUCAGUGUGGUAAAACCAAGUGCAUGAAGUCAUCAGAUUGUGUCAUCAAACAUCCUGGGAUCCACAGCACUGGGAUGGCCAUGGUGGGUGCGGUGUGUGACUUCUGUGAAGCUUGGGUGUGCCACGGCAGGAAAUGUUUGAGCACCCAUGCCUGUGCAUGUCCUCUGACUGAUGCAGACUGCAUCGAGUGUGAGCGUAGUGUCUGGGAUCAUGGAGGGCGUAUUUUCCGCUGUUCCUUCUGUCAAAACUUCUUGUGUGAAGAUGAUCAGUUUGAACACCAGGCAAGCUGCCAAGUCCUUCAGGCAGAAACCUACAAAUGUGUUUCCUGUAAUAGACUGGGACAGCACUCCUGCCUGCGCUGUAAGGCCUGUUACUGUGACGACCAUGCCAAGAGUAAGGUCUUCAAACAGGAGAAAGGCAAAGCGCCACCAUGCCCCAAGUGUGGCCAUGAGACCCAGGAGACCAAAGACCUCAGCAUGUCCACUCGCACAUUGAAGUUUGGCCGCCAGGCUGGUGCCGAUGACGAUUAUGAUGACGAUGGAGCAUCAGGGUACGAUUCCUACUGGAAGAAUCUAGCGUCUGGGGGGGGCAGAGACCAAGAUGACUACGGUGAGGAUGACGACUAUGAGGAAGAUGAGGAUGACGAGGAUUCUGAUGAUGAUGAGGAGGAAGAGGAAGAGGAGGAAGAGGGUGAAGAGGAAACAGCUGCUGAUUCCCUGGCCGGUCUCAAAUUGGACGGGACUGCUACCUGAGAUGGGACAAAGACUAGGGGUCCUGACUGGGGACCUGCAUCUAAUCUGAGGACCCCUCCUGGAGUUUGUCUCAAUCCCCAUAGUUCUUUCAAAACCUGUUUACCUAUGAAAAUAUUUUAUUAAUGCCAAUGUUAAAUAUUCAAAUGUUACAUUUCAUUGCCUAAAUAAAUUGAGGUAACAAGA